AUGGAUAAAGAGCAUCCAGAACACUCAAUCAAUUACAGCACAAGCCCUCGUGCGACGUGCAAAGGCCCAGCGCCUUGCACAGGCUCACCGAUUGAACCUGGCACACUGAGAUACGGAACUGUUGUCCAAGGACAGUUUGGUGGACAGACUGUGGAAUGGCGUCACUGGGGCUGUGUCACCCCUGACAUUUUUAACAAGUUGUCGACCGUCAGGCCUGCUCAGAUUCUUGGUUUCAGUAAACUCAAAGCCGAGGACCAGACAAAAGUCCUCCGCGCCAUAGCCAACAAGCGCGUCGACCCGUCUGACGUGCCCAAAUCCGCCAAGCCUCCUAUCAUCAUAGGCGGCCCCAAGCCCACCAAGACCCAAAAGCGUAAGCGUGCGGCUCUCCCGGCCUCGCAACCUCUGGCUAGCUCCUCCAAGAGUUCCUCUCAUGUGCGCCAGCCUGCUGGUCCUCCGCGUACUUCGGGGAACACCAGCGAGGACGAAUAUGAUCGAUACUUCAACGAUACGUCUCUCUUCGAGGCUGAGGCACUCGAUGAGCUGUAUGUUGUGCUGAAGACGAGCAUUGUUGGCGUUCAGUACUACAACGGAAUGGUCGGUGCCGGGGAACAGGUGACCAUCGUCCGAGAGCCGCAUAAUAAAUACGAUAGGAACGCGUUUAAGAUAACGAACAUCAGCGGACAGCAAGUCGGCCACCUACCUAAGAACGUGGCCUCAAAACUCGCACCACUCUGGGACCGGCGGACCAUAACACUAGAAGGCGUGAUGAUCGAAGGGAAAAUGGGACACGUGAAGCAAUACACUCUGUCCAUAUCAAUCAAGAUCUACGGCCCCGCCGAUAAACGCGACCAGCUCGAGCCCCAGCUCGUCUGGGCCACGCCCCAACAACGCGGCUUCCCCGAGCGCGGUGCCCGCGCCCCGGGCGCCAGCCAGAUGCCUUCCUCCUCCCAGUCCUCCUCGGCGCACAGCCUCGCAUACACCUACGUGGCUCCGGCGCCGCACAGCGCCUCGCAGCAGCGCAAUCUCACGCCCGCGCAGCGCCUCGAGCUCGAGAAGCAGCAGGCGCAGCGGGAUGCUGCGUACAAGAAGCACCAGGAAGAACUCGCGAAGCGGCAGGAGGCGCUCGCGCGCGCGGCGGAGCUCACGCGGGUGCUCAGCUCGCUCGAGAAGGUGGACGAUAGCGGGCGGAGGCAGGGUAUGCUUGAUACGCUGUGCUCGACGGAGGACGUGUUGACUUUGCCGGUGCAUCCUGAUCCGCCGGGGAGGGCGAAGGGGAAUUUGAUGGUGGAUUUGCUGAGGCAUCAGAGUCAAGCGCUGCAGUGGUGCAUCAACCGCGAGAACCCUGUGCUCCCGAAGCAAGAGACGGAUCCGCCGGUGCAGUUCUGGAAGUACACUAGAGCUAGGGAUAGGGCUUACUAUUACAAUGUGGCUACAAAGACUCCGCAGGCGCUGGACAGUCCGCCUCAGCUUGGGCGAGGCGCGCUUGUCGCUGACAGUAUGGGCCUGGGCAAGACCCUCACCAUGCUCGCCCUCAUCCUUGCAACGCAGAAUGACACGACAGAGGACUACUCCACCGCGACCCUUAUCGUCGUCCCCCUCUCGGUCAUGUCCAACUGGGAAAAGCAGAUCUCGGAGCACUGCACACGCGGCACGAUCAAGUCGUGCACGUACUACGGCAGCACGCGGAGCAUGUCGCCCGCGCAGCUGCGCGCGCACGAUGUUGUGAUUACGACGUACCAGACUGUCGUCGCUGAUGCGGACCUUGAUGCGCCUCGUGCUGAUGGUGCGGUGAUCGAUGUGGACGCCGAUAGCGACGACACUGGGGACGGGCCGAGGAAGAGGAGGAAGAGGGGGGCGAAGGGGCUGUUCAAUGUUAAGUGGAAGAGAAUCAUUCUCGAUGAGGGACAUAGCAUCCGGAACCCGAAGACGAAGAUGGCAAAGGCGGUGUGCAAGCUCGAUGCGCAGCGCCGGUGGAUACUGACUGGAACGCCUAUCAUUAACUCGCCAAGGGACCUCGGCUCGAUGCUCACCUUCCUCCGGAUCUGUCGCCCGCUGGACAACGAGGAAUACUUCAAGCGGCUCCUGCUCCGCCCGUUGAAGGAGGGCGACCCGACCGGUGCUGAAUUGCUCCGGGCGCUGAUGGCCCACAUCUGCAUUCGCCGGACGAAGGAGAUGCAGGACAGCGAGGGGAAUCCGCUUGUGCCUUUGCCGCCGGUGGAGAUGACGCUCAUUCCGGUUACACUGACUGGCGAAGCAAGGGAGCUAUACGAUGCCGUCGCGAAGGUCACAACAGAAUGCGCCAAACGCAUCAUGAGCUCGCGCGGGACCUCCACCGCCGUCGUGUCCUCCAACUUCCUGAGCAUGCUCACCCGCCUGCGCCAGCUCGCGCUGCACCCGGGCCUCGUGCCCGCAAACUACCUCGAGCAGCUCCGCAGCGCCGAAGAGGAGGCGCAGCACCCGCACGCGCAGGCACCGCUCACGCCCGAGGAGCGCGUGCGUCUCCAGGGCCUGCUCGCGAAGGCGAUCGAGGAGUGUGAGGAGUGCUCGAUCUGCCUAUCGGAAAUGGCGAGUCCGCGGAUUACGGCGUGUGCGCAUAGGUUCUGUUUGGCCUGCAUCACGGAGAUGUUGUCGAGAGAAAACAAGUUUUGUCCCAUGGACCGUCGGCCGCUCGGCUGGGGCGACAUCGUUGAGCCUGCGCAGCCUGGCGAGCUGGAUGGGGUGCCGUCUUUGAUGAUGGAAAGCGCACAGGACGGCGGGGAUGGCCUUAGGACAGGCUCGUCUGCGAAGAUAGACCAGCUUGUGAAUCUGCUCAAGCUCACGCCGCCUGGCGAGAAGUCGCUCGUGUUCUCGCAGUUUACGUCGUUCCUCGACAGGAUCGCAGAGUCGUUCGAGGCGAACGGCAUCUCCUACGUGCGCUUCGACGGGCAGCUGAACGCGCGCAAGCGCCAGGAGGUCCUCGAGCGCUUCAGCAUCCCGCUCGAUGAGAGCGAGACGACGGUGCCGGCUAGUAUGCCGGCCUACCAUGAAGACCUGUCGUCCCAGCUUCAGGCAGCGACGGCGAUGCCCCCGCCGUCCUCGUUCCCGCUCGGGCCGCCCUCGUCGCAGAUAUCGACGUUGGAAUCGCAGAGCCAAGAAGAACCGGCGCCGAGCGUGAGCCAGAGCGGGCGAUUGCGUCGGAAGGCGUCGAGGGUGAUCAAUGUGGAGACUUUGAUUGGUGGGGACGACGAUGACGACGACGACGAUUUCAUCGAUGGGGAUGGGGUGGACCCGGAUGACUCGGAUGAGGAGUUCGCGGUGGAGCUGUCUGCGAUGGCCAAGGGCACAGUCGGUUUGAAGGGUAAGGGCAAGGGCAAGGGUAAAAGCGGGGGCAAGGGCAAGGGCAGGAGUAGCACCAUGGCGAGCAUCACCAGCGCUCGAGGCGGUGGCAGCGGUAGAGGAAAGGGCAAGGGCAAGUCGCGCGCGGACUCGUUCGUGGUGGAUGACGAUGUGGAUGACGACGACGACCUCGGCAUGUUUCCCCCGCUUAUGGCUACGCCGAAGCCGACGUUCGACGGCGCGGCGUUCAGAGGGGAGAAUCCGAGGGUGAUGUUGAUCUCGCUCAAGGCGGGCGCGUUGGGGUUGAAUCUGACGGUCGCGAAUAAUGUGUAUUUGAUGGACCCGUGGUGGCAGGAGGGCAUCGAGAGUCAGGCCAUCGAUAGAUGCAACCGUAUCGGGCAGAAGAAGAACGUGCACGUGUACCAGCUGAUUGCGGAGGACACAGUCGAGUCAAAGGUGAUCGAGAUCCAGGACAGGAAGAAGGAGCUGAUUAGCAAGGCGUUCUCUGGGAUGAAGAGGCAAGAGACGCAGCGCGAGAAGAAGGAAGCGCGGAUGCAUGAACUCAUUGAGCUCUUGAGCAACCGUCGUGAGAUGGCGGCGAGCCAAGCAGCGUGA